AUGUCGAAACAACCGUCUGCCGUCCCCGCCUUUCUGACGGUGGACAUUCGCCCCAAACACGCGGAUGUUCUCCUCUACGCCUGCUGUCUCUGCUCGGGACUCGUCGACAGCACCAUCUACAAUGCCUACAACACCUUUGUCUCCAUGCAAACAGGCAACACCAUCUUCGUCGGCCUCGGUGCCUCCAACCAGAACCCCCGCCCCUACGGCUGGGCUCGCUCGCUGACCUCCAUCGGCUGCUUCAUCAUCGGCUCGUUCCUCUUCGCUCGCCUCAACCGUCUUCUCGGCCCGAUGCGACGAGGCACCCUGAUCGUCUCCUUUCUGCUCCAGGUCAUCCUCAUCGUCAUCACCGCCGCACUCGUCCAGUCCGGCGUCAUCGCAGGCAUCACCCACUCCACCACCACCGAAACCCAGUGGAACCAGGAAGUCCCCAUCGUCCUGCUCAGCAUCCAAUCCGCCGGCCAGAUCGUAGCAAGUCGCACGCUGGGUUAUAACGAGAUUCCCACCGUCGUCAUCACCAGUCUACUCUGCGACCUCAUGUCCGACCCGAAACUGUUUCUGGUGCGGAACGAGAAGCGCGAUCGGCGCAUCGUGGCGUUUGUGUUGACGCUGGUCGGUGCGAUCGCGGGCGGCUGGAUCACCAAGGCGGUUGGGGAUAUUUCUCCGGUGUUGUGGCUGGCGGCGGGCAUUAAGAUGGCGAUUGUGGUGAGUUGGGCGUUUUGGUGGGUGGAUUCCUCUUUGGGAUAG